CGAAGGGCGGGGCUAAAGAUUGUCUUCUGCGUCGUUCGUUUUUCGUUUCGUUUUUACCCCACCGCUUGUCCGCCAUCUUGGCACGAGCAAAACUUAACAGCAGAUUGCUGGAAGAAACUGUGUGAUUAUUUCCUCUUUGGAGAGUGCUUCGACAAGAAACAACAAUAUGGCUAUGUGUUAGAUAAGAUGCUGUGUUAAUUAGUGCGGGGUAGGACCCUCUUAGCCCUACGUCGGGCUAGAAUUUCAACAAAUUUCUUGAUCGGCUCAGCAGACUACCGGGCUCUUCAAGAUGAGCACGACGAAGUUAUCGUUUCGUGCCAGGGCUUUGGAUGCCGCCAAGCCUAUGGCCGUUUUCAUGGCCCAUGAACUGCCAGAUUUACCGGAUUUUACGAUUAUCAAUCGUGCAGUCCCUCAAAUGCCAACUGGCAUGGAAAAGGAAGAAGAAACGGAACAUCAUCUGCAACGUGCCAUUGUCACUGGCUUGAUAAUUCCCACUCCAGAAGUGUUCCAGGUUGAUGAAGCAGGCUGCUACAGUAGAUGUUAUCCAGGAGAAUGGAAAGUGCCAAGAAAUCUUAUUCAUAUGCAACCAUUUACAAUGGAACAAGACAUUCCAGACUACGACAUGGAUUCGGAUGACGAAAAGUGGAUUAAUUCUCAAGCAGGAAAAUUGGACAUUACUCCUUUACAGUUUGAAGAAAUGAUGGAUAGAUUGGAAAAAAACUCUGGUCAAACUGUAGUUACCCUCAAUGAGGCAAAAUCAUUAUUGAAACAAGAUAAUGAUUACAUAAUUGCAGUGUACGAUUAUUGGCUAAACAAACGUCUAAAGAUGCUCAAUCCGUUGAUUCCACAAGUGAAGACGGAAAAAUUCGGUGGAACCGGUUCCAGUGGCAAUCCGUAUAUCGCCUUUAGGCGCCGAACCGAAAAGAUGCAAACCCGUAAACAUCGGAAAAAUGAUGAGGCUUCCUACGAAAAAAUGUUGAAGUUGAGGAGAGACCUGAGUCGUGCGUUGUCCCUUUUGGAUAUGAUUAAGAAACGCGAAAAGUUCAAGCGAGAAGUAGUCCACUUCGGAAUCGAAGUGUACGAGAAACGAUAUCAGCUCUCUGAUUACUCUGGACAUGUCAUCAAUGAAUUAACCUCCCAAGUUAAGCAGCAGCCUCGCCCCAACUCGGCGCCAUUGUCGACCAUCCAGAGCUCCAACGUUUGGGCCAACGCCAUUCCUCCUUUGACUGGAAACCUUCCGUCUAUACAGAGUAACAGAGGACGAUCUUACAAAGAUGAGCUGCUUAUUCGAAAAGAACGCCGAAACUACCGGAAACGACGGCACAAGACUUCGACGACUCGUGGGGGACUUACGUCAGUCGGAGUUCCCGCACCAACAGCGUCAACAAUAUCAGCAUCGGUUGCGUCGUCCACUCGUGGAAUGAGUUGUUUCAGUGAUGGACCUUCUGCCAGUUCGGAAGAUGAAGUAGAGAGCGCCGUCGUCGCCUCUCACAGUGAUGCCGACGAAGCAGAAUCUGAUAUUGAGAAACAAGGCCCGUUUACAUUUCGGCGGAAACUACAUUGCAAUUACUUGGCUCCUACCCAAGUGUCGAGUCCGUAUCCAUGCUACGGCCCAGAAGACGGUGGCUUGGCUGACAAGCGAUUCCGCUUUUGUUUAACUUCGCUCGCGACACCUCAGCCUCGUUGCAUAGGGUUAACUCGAAGGCGAAUGGGACGUGGAGGAAGAGUGGUUCUUGAUCGAACUUAUUCCCCGUUGGAAGCUGCUUGGGGUAGUGUCGGCGAUAUGCCCAGUCCUCCAACUGCUUCUGAAGACUUGAAGGAAGACAUUCGAACCAAUUGGAGACAUUUUAGACCAAGUUCACCUGCUGAGCAACAGAUGGAGUCGAAUUGUGUCGAACCCCCCAAUAGCAAUGCUGUUGGUUCUGUUGAUGUCAGUGCGGAUGACAACAUCGAUCAUUACCAAAGUGUCGAUUCUCAGACUCUCGACAGUUUGUUUUUCGAUGCGGGUCUUGAUGGCUUCAGGGUGCCGCCAAUUGAAUACAGUCCGCCGUGUGUUACCAAUUCAAAUUUCAACGUCAUUGGCGAUUCGACGACACCUUCGGUUGGCAAAAUGGAUCUGGACUGGUGGAAUUAUUUCGAUUCCGUCGAGCCAGAGGAUGCCGCAAACGAUACCAGUCCGCAGGAAGUGAACGGCCAGAAAUCGUACACUUCGCUUCACAUGAACGGAGUGGGAUCACCUUCGACUGCGACCGAUUCACCGUUCUGGAAAAUUCCCAAGAGUGCUACCCUGCCUAACAACGAUUGUUCCAUGGUCAACCCGUGCUUGGGCGAUUUACACACUGCUGAAGACAAGGACCAAAAUAAUCAAACGGUGGUUGAUUUUCUCUUGAUCGACUCUACGUUUGCUAUGGAAGUCACGUGACUUGCAUCUGAUCCUGGCGGAAAAUUCAAUCCUGUUUCUCUCAUCCCAUUUCUUUUUUCUUUGUGUCAUUGUAGAUUGUUCACAUCGCCAAUGUUUAUUAUUCAUUUUUUACUCAGGGAUAGUCUUCAGUUACUUAUCCGUAUUCUCUAUGAGAGUUCGCUUAUGUAGAAAGCGUCAUGUGUACAUUUCUCAUUCUAACAGUAACGUGCUCCAUUUUUUUUCCUC